AUGGGGGUCAAAGUUCCGUACACGCGGCACGGACCUUUCUUUGCAAUUCGCGAUGGCACGCCUAUGCUGGCACCUAUGGGGAAGCUGUACAACGUUCAUCCGUUGCCCAAGAAUACUCUGAUCGAGGAUUUGACAGAAGGCAAGUACAUUCUCUAUCGUGAUAACCACUUCGUUGGCUUGAGGUGCUACGCAGAUGGCGAGUGUGUGCUCUCCCGAGACCACCGCACGUGCAACAACAUUGCAUGCGACGUCGCAGAUCUGCGCUCAGACCGAUUCGAAAGCAUUUUCCAUUUAACCCGAGAAGUCUUGGGGCUCCACUCCAUCGAGACAGAGAGUCUCUUGCUUGAAAUUCAUGCAUUAAUACGUAUCCGCAGCAGCAAGUUAUGGUUCUAUGCUUUUACCCGUAACCAAACCUAUGAUAGCCAAGGUGUGGGCGACGAUUGUGGUGGCAAGCAGAUGGAGGUGUGUGCUGCUGAAGCCACUCAACAGCUUUUGCGCUCGGGUGCUAUGAUUCAACCGAUGUUUGAGAAUCUGCUGGGGCCGCAUGUGACCGAUAUAGAUCCAGUCACUCGAACAACCCAGCACGAUGUGAAGACGAACGCAAGAGAAGUGGAUUCUGAUUCGGACGAGUCCGGAUUCUGGAAGGUAAGUCCUGGUUGGUAUCAGCGUGCAGUCGACCGACUUGGAGGGUCGACGCCCGUAGAUGCCGUGCAGAGAAAGCGAAUGGAAAGAUCAAGGUUGGAAGCGUAUGCCAAGAAAGCUAGGUGCUUGGCCUCCUUGACCUCAGCGCUCCCGCAGAGGCUUGUACCCUUCACACCUGUCUUUCCAGACUCACCGCUGAGGUACUCCCCUAGUGCAUCAGACAAUGUGGAUGUGUUGAAGUACUUUCACCCGCGUGUCAGAGACAUGCGAGUAUUCUUUGAGCCGGACAGUCACACUUACUACGUCGGCGGCAAGCCAACGAACGGCUCUGUGACAGGUAUGAUUCAUUUCUUUUGCAAAGAGUUCGACGCGGAAGCCAUCAUACAGUCCAUGAUGUCCGGUUAUCGUUGGCCCCGAGAGGGGUAUCUCAGAUGUGAAGUCAACCCCGCCUCCAUUUGUCGACUCGGCUUGGCCGAUUCAAGAUUGAUUGUGCUGUAUUCAGCUCAGCCGAGAGAUGAGAUGCAAAUCAGUUCUAUCUUACGAGAGCUAUGGCAGCGUAACCACCUCAAGAAUGAUAUCGUGCAGCUUUGCUUAUCGCCUGAAGAAAUCAAAGAGAUGUGGAAACGAAAUGCAGCUGAAGCUGCUCACUAUGGAACAUGGAUGCACGCUCUUUUUGAAGCGCAUUUGAACGGCGUUGAUGUUCCGAAGGCUUCUCCAGAAUUCCGCAUGUUCCAGAACUUCAUGUCUAACUUGGGUACAAGCAUUGCAGCGUGGCGAACAGAAUGGGUGAUUUAUGCUGAUCAAGAAAACUUGGCCGGAUCCAUAGAUUUUUGCGCAAGAAUGUCUGAUGGAACUUUCAUUCUCGUAGACUGGAAGCGAUCGGCAGGCUUGCGAAUGAAAUUCAGUUCAGUUUCCCGGAUGAAGGAGCCUCUGAGUGAUUUGCGAGAUUGUUCUGGAAUCCAGUACAGGCUUCAGCUGAAUGCGUAUCGAUACAUAUUGGAGAAGUAUUACGACUUAACAGUUUCCCGUAUGUUUAUCGUCUGCUGCCACCCGGACAACUUUCCGGAGCCUUUCGUGGAUGACGUCCCGAUCAUGGAGGCAGAAACCGAAGCCAUGAUGGCCUGCUGGCGUGACGUGAAAGGAGGCUCUGCCGACUCAUGUGACGAAGUCGACAAGUGCUCAGAAGCAUCCUCUUGUUCGCGAUUUUUCCAUUCGGUUCAGAAGAGUUGGUGGGAUUCCAUUAGCGUAGACAUGGAGGCUAGUCCAACUGUAACAAAAAUUCAAUCGAGAACUCUACAGCUCCGGGAGUUGAUGCUGGGCUACAUUAGCAGAGUCCUCGAAGAUCCCGAUCUAUGGCGCUUCGUUCCAAGCUCUCUGUCUUUGCUCAGCAACGACCGUGCUUGGCAGUCUCGGUUCUCUCUAUGCGCGCAACGAUUCCGGGUACUGUCGCGCCUACCAGUGCAUACACAUGCUAAGGUCGUGAUCAGGCAUGCGAAGCGCGUUGCAGCUUAUUAUUACACUGUGCACAAAUGGGCCGGUCUAUUAGCGUCCGAGCCGGAUCUCCUGGACCAAAUCCCUUUGCCGCUUUCUCCCCAGCUAUCCAAACGCAAAUGGGAGUAUGGACUAUAUCAUGCCCGUAUGAUCUUUCAGAACCACAUGAGCCUUUCUUUCGAUGUCAUUAGGGAACCCCGGAUUGUGCCAGGGGCAUCGACUGCAGCCGACGAUCUUACUGAGCAGCAGGGCAAGUUGACGUCUGCUUACGGGUCUUCUCUUGUGGAAGCAGUGGCAUUCUCUCAGACCAAUAAACCUACGAUGGUGCAGCAUGCGCAUGCCGACAGGAUCGGUGGCUCCAUGCCCGUCGAGAUUCUGAGACGUUUACCUACUCACUAUUUCUCUUGGGAUUAUCUUCGAACUCUGGCUGCGGUUUCAAGAGAGAUGCUGAGAGCCGUCAGGGAUCCUGUUCAGUGGGAAGGUUUACUUCUCAAUGUCGACGUGCCCGAUCUCAACAUCACUCGACAUCUUCGGCUUAUCUCUACCCGGUGGGAUUACGCAAGCAGCAUUUGCUUCAAUCUGACUCAGUUAGCAAUGCUGCAUGUUAUUCCACAGCAAGCGAGACUGAACUGGACGGCGGAGAGUAUUCCUCAGCCAGUGCCUGGUCCCUAUAACUUUCUGACUGGGUUUAUGUCUCUCAGCCCCCUCAUGGGAGCUGCGUCCUUCGAACUCAGAGUGCCGUUGACAAUCAAAGGUCUCUACAUCGGUGCCAAAGAUGCCAGGGGAGAGAGUCGUUCGUACUUUCGAAUCGACAACCUUCACACGCCGGAGGUUAUGUGGUCUUUCGGAUUGAACACACUGCCAGUUACUCCCGAUCUCCGAGCCAGUCGACAUCGCAUUAUUCCUGAUGCACCCAACUUCUUCCACCUGCGCUGGACUCAAAGCACUUUUACUGUGGAGCUCAACGGUGCUAAAGUUGCUACAGCCAGGAUCCGAGAUAACGAAAUGGAGGCUGCACCGCCGCUGUCGAGAUUGUUUGUCUGGGCCUGUGCACGUCAACGUGACGCCGAUGUAGUCGGCUUCCAUUUGCGACCUACGCCGUCUCCUGUGCUUCGCAACGCAGUCAUUCGCUGCUCUAUUUGCAAUGAGAAUCACAAUCUGUUGUUUCCUCGAUGGCACGUCUGUCCUCGCUGUUACACUUGGGUAUGUAGUUCUCACGUCGGUACCAUGCCCUGGAGACCUUGUCCGCGAUGCCACGGAACCCUUGGAGACUACUGCGGAGGCUCGGUUUUUUCGCAAGACGACCAGUUUGCGGACGAUGUUGUUGGAGGUGCAAGCCAAGCAUCCAGUCAUGGUUUCCCAGAAGUGGGUGACCACGAUGAUGACGCUCGACAUAAUGGUGUCGCUGCUCUUGGUGCUGUUGGCAGCUGCCUUCAGGUGGAAGACGCAGGCGCAGAAAAUGAGGAUCCACCUGACCCGUGCAAUGCAGAUGCGCCAAUGGGAGUGUCACAGGAGUUAGAGCUCCACCUACAGGACAAACCAUCAGAACUUCUACAAAAAGCCAGACGACGCCGACAGCUACCAGGUGCGUCCACAACCUGCUCCAACUUCGACGCAGAAUUUGAAAGGCUUCAGUUGGCGUGCAGCAAGUCUCUCACACGUGCGGUGCCCUUUUCAAAAUCUGGCGAGCUGAGCAUCAGGGAAAGUGUGGAUCGAUUGCGUCGGUUUGCGCGACAAAAGUUCCCCGAUGUGGAUGAUGAUGUCAUUAAGUUGGCAGUUGCAGCUUUGUCAGUCUACAGGCUCAGGCUUACCGACAUGCAUGUGCGUGAGCAUGUUCUACUCCUGUGGAUCAUUGAGGGUGAGGACCACAUGCGGUGUCAUCAAGGAGAUAUCUACUUUUACCGGAAUGGAGCCUUUGCCGUUCAUCGAGGUAUUCCGCCGCAGGCAACUCUGUCCAGAUGCAAGAAGUUCAUUCUGGUGCUGGAGGGCUUCUUUCGAAGUGUACGUCCCCGUCGCAUGCAAAAUGACGACCAAGUCUUGGAGGAACUUUCUAUCCUCUGUGGAAACUUCAAUGGAAGUUCUAAGGCGUUGCUUCAAGAACUCGAAUCAACUGCUCUUCGGAGUUGCAAGGCAAAGAAAGCCAAGCUAGCACGGUCAACAUCUAGAGCUGCGGCAGCAGAGGAACCUGCUGAUGAGGAUCAGGGGUCUGACGCGAAUACGCAUGUGGACAGCGUUCCAGUGAAUGUCAUACUUGCAGACGCACUUUCCCGGGUCGGAUACUCUAUGCAGAGAGCUUUAUUGGAAGACAAAAUCUUUCACCUUGUGGUUGAGUGGUGUGAUAUGCCGCAGACCAAACAGUCGGGGUGUGCGUAUGAAGACUGCGCCGUUGUUUUCGACAGAAGCUCCGAUCAGCCUGUGACCUUUGUCGAAGACAGUCCAAAAAAUAAUCUUUAUUUGCAUAUCGCGCACCCACUACUGCAAGCCCGCCUGGGCGAUCCAGUCAUGAAGUCCGCCCAAGAAAGGCUUCUCAAGUUCUACAAGCAGACCUUCUGGCUGAACAACGAUGUUUUCACGUGCACACAGGCGGCUAUUGCUUUGGCAAAGCGUGGCGAGAAUGUGGUGCGAUGCUUCAUUGGUAUUAGUCCUGGAGGCGUCGGUCAAUCACUUUUCAGUGCCCACCUAGACGCAGUCUACGCGCCGAACCAUAAGUUCAUUGACCCGAACAUAUGGUUCGACGAGAACGAAAUGCGCAAACAAGUGGAGCAGUCCGCCGGUUGUUUUAUGUUAACGGCACAAGAGGCUCCCGAAACUUCCAAAAGGAUGAGGGAAGACCUCUACAAGAAAACCAUGUCUGCAGACGGCAUUGCUGGCAGGCGUCCUUAUGGUAUGAUGACACGGAUGAUUGAGCUUGUGGGCUGGAAGCGCUUCGAAGUGAAUAAGUUCUUGCGGUUCCUCGGGAUUACAGAGAACAACUUUCCAUCGAUUCUUCGCCGCUCGCUGGUCUGGAAACCUAUGGCUAGGUUCAUUGGUGCAGAUAUCAUUGAGUCUGAAUAUCCAGAUGCUGCUUUUGAUGGGUACUUUGUAAAGGAUGAUACUCUGAAGCAGUUUCUGCGUUCGCCUGCAUCUAUUGCUGCAGCCCUUCUUAUUCAACAUGGGUUCGAAGAGAUCACAACCCGAGACCAGUGCGUUGCUCUCAUUGAGAACUAUGCUGCCGAGCCCUUGACGGAGGACUGCAUGAGAGAGGCUUGCGGCCUGAAAAGGAAAGUGCGAUCCGGUGAGAAGAAGUCCGUCCAGUUCCACAUACCGCUCGACGCGUCUAGCCAAGACAGUCAGGAAGGUGGAGUGCCGCCUCUUGUCAAACAGUUGACCAACGUGGCGCUUACCAUUCGGGAUGAAUGCCUGGCGCGAAUGAAGUGUGUCUUGACCAAAGGUAUGUUUGCUUAUGUCAAGUUACCUGCAGAGCACCCGUGUCACAUGGACAGAGAUACAAUGUGGAAAGCACUCCUGGAGCAUUCCUUGUUGAUCCCGGGUGUCGACCAUGGAAAGUUUAAAGACGGUUGUUUGCUGCGUAUGGAAGCAACUGGCAUCCUGCGAGAGAUCGUGCCCGUCGGUGUUCUGAAAGUGGAAACUGAGCAUGUGGAAAUCCAUGAUCUUGGCGCAGUCCAGAGAUAUGCAACUGGGUGUGAGGAUCGUGAAGCCAACAGCAUCAUGCUCCUCGCUUGUAUGGACAAAAUGCUGCAGUCCGACGCGAAAAAGCGUGGCAGAAAGGCUGCUGCCGACAAGGAUACGGAGUGGAGGGAGCAACUGACUCAUGCUCGAAACAAACUCUCUGACUACGAGGACAUGCUGCGAAAGAUUUGUAGAAGUCCUGGUGCCUCAAGUUCAAGUGCUCCAGGCUCAGUUGCAGCCUCGCCGGCAAAACGGCGAAAAACUACAAAGAAACCCAUGGAACCGAUCACGUCGUCUUUCGCUUAUGACCGAGACUUCCAGAAUGUCAUACGCAGUCGGGCAUAUGUCAAAGGUCACGGUGCGCAAAGCUGCAGCAGAAGGCUUUUGCGUGUCAUGUGCCCAGACACUGUGGAUUUCGAUAUCCAAAACUCUGUGUUUGUCAUCCUGCAUCAGCUAGUCGAGCGACUAGGAGCUGAUUCUAUUCCGGCAAAGCUCAAGGCCUUGCUCCGGCGCUGUGUUGCUGAGCGGGCGGAUAUUUGCGAACAGUCUCUGCAGGUGAGUCUGAAGACUGGGAAACACAUCCUGCACACAUGCUUAUUUGGAGGAAACCCGCCAAUAAUGCUCGCGCAGAAUGAGUUCUUGAAGGAGUUCCGGCAACUUUCGCUGUGUCUCAGAUGGCUAGCUUGUUCGCACAUUCAGCAGGUGUACGACAUCGUCAAGACUAUGCCAUCGAAGAAAAACCCAGAGGCAUCAACUCUUCAUUACCUCUAUGCCGCAGUGGAAGACUACAUACUUGAGGCGUGGACAGAGGCUGCCGCGCGACUGAACCCGAAGCAUUUGUCCCUCCAUUUUGAUGGCAUGAGGCUCAUGGGCAUGGAUACCGAGAUGAGUGUCCAGGAACUGUGUGCGCAUUUUCAGAGAGAAAUCAAGAGCCGUACAGGUUUCGAUGUGACGAUCGUGGAAAAGAAGCAUCGUUGGUUUGCCGAGCUUUGCUUCGCUGAUGCAUCUUCUGUGCCAGUUGCAGACGGGUUGAAAGCCCUGACAGAAGCUGGCAACUGUAUCUGCAUGGGGUUAUCGAAAGCAUUUCCUGCCUUGACAGAUGAGAUCCUGCAAUACUCGCAGAAAGACUGCGGCGAGAAUCGGGAUGCCAAGCGCUUGAGAUCGAGAUCGUACAAGACUACCUUCGAAGCACUGAAAAUUCAAGCAGUGCCUGCAUUGGGGCUACAAGUGGAAUCUGGUGGUAAGUAUCUUCUUCAUUUCGAGAAUGACGGGCGACCGCAUUGCGUGUCCUGUGUCGCGCAUAAUGUGGACGAGGUGACGAUUGCGGACAAAGGCAGAGAAGUGAGGAUCACGUUGCAAGAGUUGAUUCGUUUUGCCGAAGACGCCGUCGACGCACCUUCCUUGGUUACCUUUCGGCUAUUUCAGAAAGACGACAAUCGCAAAGUCACAGGAGCAGAAGCUACAGACGCUCAUGCAGUUCUGCUCGAUCUACGGGCCGGCGCUGUCGAUGACGAUUGGAUAGCAGGGCUGACUCAAGAGACUGCGUGCUCACCACAGGACCAACUGUCAGAGGAUGAGUGUGGUGACACAGAAGUCCACGAUGACGAUGCGGUCAUCAGGGUGGCCGACACGCUCUUGAACUUGUUGGAAGAAGAAGUCCGCGAAAGCUUGGCGAACUCGAAGUACAAGCGAUGUCCAAUGUGUCCGUUUCGAACAAAGCAGUUGAAGGUUGUGAGUGCCAUCUUCGACAAUGACCAGUUAAGAGGAGCCUCGAAGACAUUGGUUCCGACAUGCAGGCAGCAGCUGGGCUUCAACAGGCAUGAGACACGUUUUGCCCGAGCUCGAAUAGUGGCAACUCUGCUGUCUAAUGGCUCCGAGCUGGUGUCUUUGCUUCCGACACACCCCGCUUAUUGGUGGCCAUUGGUAGAGGACGUCUUCACGUGCCCGCCCGUACAGAAAAUGCAGCAGCGCAUGCUUGCAUUCUUCUGCCACUCACGUGAGUUUGAAUAUAUCUCACUGGAUGCGACAAUCAAAUGCUGCAUGGCAGUAAUGGGUCAAGAGAGUUACCGCUGCAAUGCUGCAAAGCGAAACGCAGCACCAUUUGGCGAUGCGAUCGCAUUACGGCGUGUCCUUACGGCACGCGGUCGCACUAGUGCGGUUUUAGCAAUGGAGGCGGUUCACAACGAGAGAGCCGAAGAGGUCGCCAAUGCAUUAGCAAACAGCCUGCCAGCAAAGGGACUUCAUCAGGUCCAAUGUCUGGCAUCUGACAGUGCCUCCCUGAAGUUGUACUCAGAAAUGCGCCGCAUCAUGCCGUAUGCGACGUGGAGGAAGAAGACACCUGGCGUAUUGUUUCUUCGCAAGCUUCUCCACAAGUUCCUUGCGAUUGACGACGGUGCCCGUGCAGACGCCUUCGGUGCUUUUUAUCAUGGGCACGAAGACAGGCAUCUAGUUCACAAGGAAGUUCGCACAAGGGAUCUGAUUGAAUCCAGUGCCAUGGUGAAGAGUAAGGCGGAAGACAUUGUGCGCAACUUGGACUCGUCGGUGCCCUUCCGAAGCCGCUUGGAGUACAUCGAAGCACUGGCCGCGUUAUCCGCCUGCCACCAAGAGGAUAUGAGCAGAAGAGUAACCGGUUCCAACCAGAAGGUCAGUCAUAUUCUCUGGUGCUCUUGCUCACCGGAAAGAGUCGAGUGGCUAUUUAACAACGUUCGAUGGCGACAUGAAGUGCGUCCGGUCCUGAUUUGGAAUGUAUAG